GCACAGGGCCGGUGGCGGCGGCGGAGGACGCGAACCGCGGGCUGCGGAGCCAGCAGCGGCCAGGGAGCCGCGGGCAGCUUGGGCUCGGCUGGGGCCGGGAUGAGGGGCUGCAGCGGCGCGGGAUGAGGUGCGGCUUCUUCCUGCCUGAUGCUGGAGGAGGCAUCCUGAUGAUCUUUUGAUGUCUGUUCAUCUCAGCACUCAGGAGACAGGUGGCAAUGUCCCAGACACAGGAUUACGAGUGCCGGAGCCAUCAUGUCGAUGGGCAGGAGUCCAGGAUUCCAGGAUCGAGCACGAGGCUGGAAUGGGUGGAGAUCAUCGAGCCACGCACCCGAGAGCGUAUGUAUGCCAACCUGGUCACAGGCGAGUGCGUAUGGGAUCCCCCGGCCGGCGUGCGCAUCAAGCGCACCAGUGAGGACCAGUGGUGGGAGCUCUUCGACCCCAACACAUCGCGCUUCUACUACUACAGCGCCGCCUCGCAGCGUACUGUGUGGCACCGCCCACAGAACUGCGACAUCAUCCCUCUGGCCAAGCUCCAGACACUGAAGCAGAAUACCGAGUCCCCGCGCGCCUCCGCUGACAGCAGCCCGGGGCGCGGCAGCCGUGAAGGCAGCACUGCCUCUUCUCUGGAGCCCGAGCCUGAUGCCCCCACUGAGAGACUGCAGGAGCUGCCCCCAAGGGCCGGUCGGCAGGUGGCGCUGGGAAGCACCCGGGAGGAGAGCGGCAGCGCCUCUCCACCAGGCAUGCUCCUUGAGAAGGACUGCGAAGUUUAUCGGGAUUACAGUGUGGAUGGCCAGCUCCUUCACUACAGGACAUCUUCCCUCCGGUGGAACUCAGGCACCAAGGAGCGCAUGCUCAUCAAGGUCCCUGACCGGGAGCCCAGCUUCCUUGCCCCUCAGGGAAAUGGUUAUCCCCUGGAGGGCCAGCCUGGGGGCCGCUCCCGCAGACCGUCUGGCAGCCAGCACUCACCCAACCUGCAGACAUUCACCCCUGAUGCGGACGGCACUGUCUUCUUCCCAGAGAGGCGGCCCUCACCUUUCCUGAGGAGAGCUGAGCUCCCUGGGAGCUGCUCCCCACUGCUUGCACAGUCCCGGAAGGCCUCCAGCGACUCACAGCCCUCCUCCCCACGCUAUGGCUAUGAGCCCCCACUGUACGAGGAGCCACCUGUUGAGUACCAGGCCCCCAUCUAUGAUGAGCCUCCCAUGGACAUGCAGUUUGAGGUCAGUGGCCCCUACCAGGCUGGCUCCCCACAGAGGUCACCAGGCCGAAAGUCCCGCCCAUUCCUGCCCACCACCAAACAGGCCCCUGCCUCACCCUGCCAGCAGCUGGUGCUCACCAAGCAGAGGUGCCCUGAGCGCUUCCUGAGUCUGGAGUACAGCCCCGCAGGCAAGGAGUAUGUCCGCCAACUAGUGUAUGUAGAACAGGCCGGCUCCAGCCCCAAGCUGCGCUCUGGUCCCCGGCACAAGUAUGCACCCAACCCUGGUGGUGGCUCCUACUCCCUGCAGCCCAGCCCCUGCCUACUAAGGGACCAGCGCCUGGGAGUCCUGUCUGGAGACUACAGCACCAUGGAGGGGCCUGAACCACGACACAGCCAGCCACCCACACCACUGCCACAGGCCCAAGAGGAUGCUAUGUCCUGGUCAAGCCAGCAGGACACCAUGUCCUCCACAGGCUACUCCCCAGGCACACGCAAGAGGAAGAGCAGAAAGCCUUCUCUGUGCCAGGCCCCCAACACCACCUCUGCUGAUAGCCCAGGGAACCUGCUAGGUGAGCAGCAAUUGGUGGAGGAACGCUCUCCAUGCGGGCCCAGCCUUGCCCAGGUGAAGCGUGCAGAGGCUGAGGCUGAUGCCGCACGGGGUGCAGCUGAACCCUUCCUAGCACAGGCACGGUUGGCUUGGGAAGCGCAGCAGGCCCACUUCCACAUGAAGCAGCGGGGCAGCUGGGACUCUCAGCAGGAUGGCUCAGGCUACGAGAGCGAUGGUGCUGUACCACUGCCUAUGCCUGGGCCUGUGGUGCGUGCCUUCAGUGAGGACGAGGCACUGGCCCAGCAAGAGAGCAAGCACUGGAAGCGGAACACCUUUGAGAAGCUGGGCUUCCCCCAGGUCCUGCUGGAGAAGAGUGUCUCUGUGCAGACUAACCUGGCCUCCCCGGAGCCUUACCUCCACCCCUCCCAGUCUGAGGACCUCGGUGCCUGUGCCCAGUUUGAGAGCAGCCGGCAGAAUCGCAACGCAGUGCCCAGCUCUAGCUGUGUCUUCCCCACCUUCACACUACGCAAGCCAUCCUCAGAAACAGACAUUGAAAACUGGGCCUCCAAGCAUUUCAACAAGCACACACAGGGCCUCUUCCGACGGAAGGUAUCCAUUGCCAACAUGCUGGCCUGGAGUAGCGAGUCCAUCAAGAAGCCCAUGAUUGUGACCAGCGACCGGCACGUGAAGAAGGAGGCCUGUGAGAUCUUCAAGCUAAUUCAGAUGUACAUGGGUGACCGGCGGGCCAAGGCUGACCCACUGCAUGUGGCCCUGGAAAUUGCCACCAAGGGCUGGAGCAUGCAGGGCCUGCGGGACGAGCUCUACAUCCAGCUGUGCCGCCAGACCACCGAGAACUUCCGCCUCGAGAGUCUGGCCCGAGGCUGGGAGCUUAUGGCCAUUUGCCUGGCGUUCUUCCCACCCACACCUAAGUUCCAUUCCUACCUGGAGGGCUACAUCUACCGGCACAUGGACCCCGUCAAUGACACCAAAGUGACACAGCACAUAAAAGAGCUCCUGGAAAGAAACACUAAGAAGAAGUCCAAAUUGAGAAAGAAACCCAAGCCUUAUGUUGAAGAGCUGGAUGGGGUGGCGAUAAGCACCUAUGCCAAGUACUGUUACCACAAGCUGCAGAAGGCGGCCCUGACAGGGGCCAAGAAGGGGCUGAAGAAGCCCAACGUAGAGGAGAUCCGGCAUGCCAAGAACGCUGUGUUCAGUCCAUCUAUGUUUGGCAGCUCACUGCAAGAGAUCAUGAACAUGCAGAAGGAGCGCUACCCUGACAGGCAGCUGCCUUGGGUACAAACGCGGCUCUCCGAGGAGGUGCUGGCACUCAAUGGUGACCAGACGGAGGGCAUCUUCAGGGUUCCUGGGGACAUUGAUGAGGUGAAUGCCCUGAAGCUGCAGGUGGAUCAGUGGAAGGUGCCUACAGGCCUGGAGGAUCCCCACGUCCCUGCAUCGCUGCUGAAGCUGUGGUAUCGGGAACUGGAGGAGCCCUUGAUCCCGCAUGAGUUCUACGAGCAGUGCAUCGCGCACUACGAGAGCCCAGAAGCCGCAGUGGCGGUGGUACAUGCACUGCCUCGCAUCAACCGCAUGGUGCUGUGCUACCUCAUCCGAUUCCUCCAGGUGUUUGUGCAGCCCGCCAAUGUGGCCAUCACCAAGAUGGACGUCAGCAACCUCGCCAUGGUGAUGGCACCCAACUGCCUACGCUGCCAGUCAGACGACCCACGCAUCAUCUUCGAGAACACGCGCAAGGAGAUGUCUUUCCUGCGUGUACUAAUCCAGCACCUGGACACCAGCUUCAUGGAGGGUGUGCUAUAGCGCGAGCCGGGGCAGCAUGGGGCCCCGCUGCAAACCAGGAGCAGCCAGGCCGGGGCCGCGCCACCUUGCCCCGAGAAGUGCCUUCUGUUCCCGGUGCCCAGCACACUGCCCUCCUCUUCCCGGGCGCGGGGCUGGCAGACAGGGGCGAGAGAAUUUUUUCUUGGGGUACCUAAGAAUCUGGAGCCUGUGCAUAGAAUAUAAACAGAGCGACAGAAGCCAGGACAACGUUUUGUUUGCUAAAAGACACAAUCUAAUCCGACGCUGUUCCCUUUGGGCACAACCUUGGGUCGCCACCCUGUGGCCUCGACCAGCCCCGUGUCGGUUACGGUUUCCACCUGGAAUCAGAAUUCCUUCAGCUGUUGUCAAACUUCAUUUCUCCUGUUUUUAUAUAUAUAUUUUUAGAGUUUUUAUUUAUUAAAAACAAGCCCAGUCCGCCGCGUCCCCUAAGGCGGGGUCCUCCUUCCGGGGAGUCUUGACUUCUCCAGGCGGCUCGGCGCUGGCGCUCGCUCUGGCGCAUCGUGAAUAAAGUUCGUGUGGAUACUCGG